UAUGUCAUUUUAUACUCUUUUUUUUUUCAGUUUUCUGUUUGUUAUAUAUUUUGUAUUGUCGAGAUCAAACACUACCAUCUCCUUGUACCUUUAAAUGUGUGUGUAACUUGUAGUAUUAUACCAACGAUUGUAUAAGUUGAUCGAGCCCACUGACAUGAAGUAUAUGAUGAUUUCUCCGAUCGAUAUAUUUUUAUUAUACAGAAAAUGUCUUCCCGUCAAACCAAAUAGAAUGUAAUUUGCGAAGAUGGUUUAAUAAUUCCACUGAGUUGUUGGAAAGACUACUGAAAAAUUCUGUCUUUCUAAUCAGAAUAAAGGGUGAAAAAAAUUAACAGCGUGGAUUAAACAGCAGUAGGUGCUAGUAGGAGCUUGCGAUAGUAAGCGUUAUUUUUCAUAUCUAAGAUUGAAAGGUAGAGGGUUUUUUUUGUACCACUUAGAAACACGUCAUGUAGAUUAUCAUGCAAGAGGUUAGAAUGGCUUGUAGACCUAUGUAUGCAAAUCAGUGCACUUGGAAGUCAAACCACAACAGGUCAAUUUUGGGUUUAGGCCUAGAUUUAGCCGAAGGAAAUUUUAUAUCAAAAAAUGUACUGAGAUAAAGCGUUUGACGUGAAUUCUCGCUGAUAAGAAUCAGAGCCAGAGGCACAAAGUGGUUAGACGAGCCCAAAACGUCGCCGGUUUAAUGGAAGUGCACGAAAUUCAAUUUACAUUCCCUCAAUGUGAUCUACAUAUUGGGCGUUUCAGCUUAUAAAUAGCUAAGUUAUUUUGUUUUCAAUUUGCCUCCAUGGGUUAAGCUCCCAGUUUUCAUCUGCGUGUGUUUCCGAGAUAGACCUUUUAGAGAUUAAAAAUGGCUAUUGUUGCGGAGAAUUCCCACAGUGUUAAUUCUUGUCUUUUUCGAAAUAAAAAGGUGGUCUAAAACUGAAUUAUGCCUGGCCUGGCCAAGCAUUUUAUCCGACAUUAAUUAUUCAUGACGAGCUCUGACGUCAUAAAUAUGAAUAAUUGACAUGGACUACGGAACAAUAUGGCGGACGGCGAACCCAUUCAUUCUGUUUACCCGGCAUGAACUGUCGCUUUAGGAUAACAAUCAAAGACCUAUCCUGUUUCAGAGGCGUGUGUUUUGUUUCAAGACCGCCGCUUCAUAACGCAAUGAAACCCUGAAUCAAAUUGAAGGACGGGACGGUAGAAACAUGGCUUCGAAUGUCGAAGCGAACUGUCGCGGGAAGAAUAACAACAUUGGGUCAAUGCGGCAUGGCCUAUCUGGUGGACCAACAAGUCUUCCGAUCACAGAGGGCGAAGUUUUGAUUGAGAGUGAAUUUCUGGAGCUCAACAGCCAGCUCCACUACUCUAAGACGGUUCAUAUCUUAUUGACGGACGAGUUUGUUUUCGUUAAAGAGAUGAGGGACCGCAGAGAUUCUGAAGCGCGUGUGCUUCAGUGCGAAUCUGGCAAAAUUGUAACGAAAUUUCGUCGCUCAGAUGUAAGCGUCAAGGUGUGCGAGGGCUGCCCGUUUACUUUCAAAGCUAGAUGGAACAAGGAGACAUCAUUGUGGAAAACGUACGAGCUCUGUGGGAAAGAAGAAGUCUGGCCCAAAUGGCUGCGGAGUUUCAAUGUCGAAGAACCUCAAGGACGGUGCAUGAUUCCCUCUCACAGCAUUUGUGAAAUAGAGUGCGACUCCGACUCCGAUGAUGGUAGCGAUGACAAUGAUGGCGAAGACGUUCAAAUUCCCGAAUGCUCUUUUCCUCUGAGCGUCGAUCGAACGAUAUCCAUGUGGUCGAUGUCAAUGCUAAACCCGAGCAAUGUCCGCAGACUAGCCAUUACUCAACAUCACCGACCUUCGGUUUCCAGGCUUUCCAGGCUAGUGAGCAAUGGUUCGAGCGACGACGCACAGGAUGUUUUAAACGCAGGAUCCUUGUACCGAUCGAACUCGCAUCCUCGCGUAUCUCUCGUGAAGCCUUUUCGUUGUUCUUCGUUGCCACACGUUGGUGACCUGGAGAAUGUUCGAGUAGAUUCUGAUCUAAAAAAUCACGGAUGUAGAACCAGGGGUGAAACUAGCGCAGAUGACUCAAAUCACGCCCUGAGCUCAGAGGCGUUACUAGAACGAGAGGAUACACCAAAUACAACCUUAGCAACAUUGCAGCAAAGGGUUGAAAACCUGCGAGCACAUCCAUCCAAUCUUAAUUUUGUGAGAAGGGGUAAAGGGGAUGACCCACCAUGGGAUUCCCUGGCCACGCCCAGGUACCGCCGGAAACACUCCCUUAAUGUGGCCCUGACCAAUGAGGCCAAUAGGAUACCCAUGCCAUCAGACUCUGGCAUAAGAUUAGGUGCACACACCCCACUCUUUUACAGCAAGCAGGAGCAGGCACACGAGAACAAAAUGACAAGUACAGUGCACGAGACCAACACACCAGAAACUUCACUCAGUCCAAACAAAACAAGCAAACUGUUGGCAAAGAGAUCUGAAUCCUUGCCUACUUCUCAAAAACCUGAUCUAUCACAUGUCACUCGUCCAAUCUCAGAGAGGGGAAGCAAGGAAGGCGUAGCAAGGCAACUAGACUUCAAAGAUGACAUGGCCGUGGAUUUGAGUGACAGCAAUCAGGCACCACGCAAAGACAAGAUUAAGAGAUUCUGGACAAUCUUGUACAAGAAGCGACCAAAGUUAAGGGUGCCAACGGCACAAUGUGAUGAUUCAGUAAGAGAAAUUGACAAUGAUAUUAGAAGUGCUGAGAGGAGUUCCUUAAGUGUCUUGGAUUCGGAUACUCCAAAUGGAGUAAACGUUGCAGGAAAUCGCCGUUGUGGCUUUAGCGAUAGUUUUUCAGCUACACAUGAUAAAAUAUCAGGGAUCCCAUCAAGCAAGGAUAACCACAGGACAGUGCCAAGUCAAAUGCAAAGCAAGCAAGGUAGGUCAAAUUGUAGGUGACUGAUCAAGGUGUGGAUUCUCUUUACAUUCUUUGUAACCAUAAUUUUUGAAGCAUGAGGAUUGUGAGAAUUAGAGGUCCUGGUCAUUUCAAGAAAACAAAAUGGACAUGAAAAAGAUAAAUGCUCAAAGAACAUGCUACAGAAAGUAUGGUACUAUGGUAAUCAUGAAAAUUAAUAUAUUGGUGAAGAAAGUGAAAUGUAGUCUGUAGUGAAAGACUUACUUGUCUGGUGCAAAGUCAUUUCUACUAGAAAGAGUUAUAAACAUCAUGUGAUUCAAAGGAAAUUAUCCCCUUUGCCCAACCCCUCAACCAGCCUAGGGCCAAGUGAAAAUAACUUAAGUUGCAAUAUGAAUACUGUCACUGUAGCUGAACUUCUUGCUUCAUUAAGAUUUCUCAAACUAAUUUAGUAAUUCAUCAAGUUUAAACAAAGAAAUUUUGAAAUUGUCUCGGUGUUUGGA